UAAUCGUAGGAAGAGCCUAUAUAUAUGCAAUGGCUGCUUCCAUUAUGAGUGCGUUGAAAUGCGUAUUCUUCUUACUUAUCUUGACUGCCACUCUUGCUGCCAGACGAGACUCCAUCGCUGACUUCAUCCCAAAAGCCCCGGCAUCCACGACGGCGACUCCGGUCACUCACAUCAUUCCAGCGCUUCGUUCUGCGCUUGUCAAAGUGUGCGGCCAAGUGGCCUCCAACGCUAACGCUGGAACUCAACGAUUUCCUUGGUUGGCGGUGCUGGGCCGAGGCACUCGUUACGGCACCCAGUGGGUGUGCCAUGCAGUGCUGCUCAGCAGAGACUGGCUGCUGACCGCUGCCCACUGCCUCAAAAAUGAGAAUGCUGAUGUCGUGAGACUGGGUGGUUUUGACAGCAAUAAUGACUACGUGUUCGACACUUACAUCACUCACCCUCUGUUUGGAAUAAACAGCACCUUCGCCAACGGCUUGAGUCCCGAUCUUGCCCUUAUUAAACUCAAGAACAGCGCGCUUCUGUCGGAGAGCGUGCGGCCUUUGGGUCUGCCUGACGAUGCCGUGGUGGGUUCCCUGCUCGGCAAGCGCCUCACCAAAGCCAUGUAUGGUAGUAACGGAAAAUUGAAGCUUCAACACGGACAGGUAACUGUGUCACCUCUGACUCAGUGCAGCUACUUUCACGACUCAUCUCCUGCAGACGGCAAGGGUUUCUCUGAUGAUCAGGUUGCCUGCUUAGGCGACCCAGUUGGAGGUCUCGACAGUUGUAUGGGUGCUUCAGGGUCACCAGUUACCUUCCAGUCAACAUCGGGCAACCACGUUCUGGCUGGCAUCGUCACCAACGGCCCAACAUGCAGCUUAACAAUGUUUGCUGAAGGCGCCGUACCACUCAGCACGCCCAUUAACCUUAACUGGAUAAGAGACACCAUAUCUGCACAAGGGGGAGGCUGUGGCGUGAAGGUGCGACGCGCAACCGACAAUAGCUGGCCAUGGCUGGCAGGGCUGUACACGCAGAGGCACAGAGGUGGAGUGAGCACCCUCAGCCUGUUCUGCAAUGGAGUGCUGAUGAACCGGCGCUGGGUUUUGACAGCAGCUCAUUGUAUUGAAACGUACGUCUCUGAGGGAGUAAUUCGCUUUGGAGGCUCUCUUGGCAGUACAGUAAAUUCAAUAGAGUCUGUUGAGAUUCAUCCUGAAUACGACUCAACUGCAGCUCGUACGCUUGGUAUGGCUUUGUUGCGUCUUGGGGCAGAUGUCCCAUUCACGAGCGAAGUGGCCCCCAUCUGCUGGCCCAAGCCGUGGGAGGAGCCGCUCCCAGAUGCCAGCGUGUAUACGAGAACUGCGAUAAGACUGGAUAUUUCUAGACGUGAGAUCAUGCAGGUCAGGAAAGUCAAGUCAGUGCCCAAGUCAGCCUGCAAAGCCAGAUUGGGCCCAUCAUGGGACACAUAUUCGAAUGAAACAUUCGUGUGUGUAACCGAAGCAGAAGGCCCAGUUGAUGCUUGCAGUGGGUCAUCAGGAGCUCCAUUAGUAACCAGGAACUCUGCAGGUCGAUAUGAGCUCUUCUCCAUCGUUACUUCUGGCACUUCUUCACGUGAUACUAAUGAGUCGCACGAAAUAUCCGUACCUCUCGGUGUACCUGAACACGUCGAGUGGCUUGCGAAAACUUUGUACGGAUCCUAGGUUAUUUUUUUCUGAAUAACUAAUUGCUUAUAUAUUCGACUCGAACUCGUGAACUACAUAAGUCAUCAAAUUUUCCAUCAGACUGUCGAGGGAGUACAUUUAUAAUCAGUUUUAUACUCACCGCAAAGCUGUAAGUGAAUGGUAGUAAGUAAAACUGCAUCUUUCGUGUGCUUGUUUUUCCAUGCAUGAAACUGCAAUUAUUGUCACUUUUCCAAAGUUAUAUCAAGAGCCAGAAAGUAUUGACCUGAUGGGCAAGGUUCAAUCUUAUUUAGUGAAAAUGUGAAAUUAAAACACCGGGAUACACUAUAAGUAAUUAUUGGUAAACAGGUAAUGCAGUAUAUAGAGAUCAAAAAGCCAGGGAUAGUAAUUACUACUCGCCAGAUUGACUUCGGACAUCAGGCGUCUCAUUCUAUUCAUUAUAAUUAUACUCUAAGAUUAGAUAAUCUGUAAUUGAGGCGUAUUAUUCACUAGACGUGGGAGAGAUUGAUGGAAAAGUACCUGAGUCAGCAUUGACAUCCUUGGAUAGGUCGUUUGGGGUCUGCCACUUAUUUGAUUAUUUUCCACUUUCCCCGUUGGUGCUUGGCAAUCACCACAACAGAGUGCAGCUUACCAUUCAUAAACUUCAGCGAAAACUAAACUAUUGUUAGAUAGGAAACACGUGUACAGACGAAAGUUACAAAUAUUUUUUGUCAUUGGCGAGCUCGCAGCGAACGCUUCAGCUCAUUCAUAUAUAAUUAGAGCACUCCCAAUGAACAGUUUAUCGUGAAUUAUUUCUAUUGUAUUCUAUACAUGAUUUCUUCGUUUCUUCAAUAAAACAAUUCUUAUACACAA